UUGGAGGCGGUUGUUUGUCGGUUUUGAGAAUCAAUUUAAAUUUUGAAUAAAAAGUAAAGAAUAAUAACAAAAAUGCCAGGUCGCAGGAUGGAAGAGUUUGAAAUCGAUAGGAAACCUACUAGAAAGCCGGCGAAACAGAAGUUCUACGAAUUUCUUUAUAAUGAAGAGACGGGUGCUAUAAUGGGAAGAACACCUGAAAGUUGGGGUAAAAUCCUGAUAUUCUACGCGAUCUUCUACGCGGUUUUGGUGUCGCUGUUCGCGAUCUGCCUGGCCACGUUCCUGCAACAGUUCAUCAACCCGCGCGUGCCGCGGCUGCAGCAGGACUACGGGCUCAUCGGCACCAGCCCCGGCCUGGGCUUCCGGCCGCUGCCGCCCGACGUGCGCAGCACUCUCAUCUGGUACAAGGGCACCGGCUACGACAGCUACAAGUUCUGGGAGGACCAGCUCAUAGACUUCCUGUCAGUGUACAAGAACAAAGGUCAGACAGCGGGCACGGGUGAGAACAUCUUCGACUGCCGGUUCGACAGUCUGCCGCCGCCCGGCAAGGUGUGCGAUGUGGACAUCCGCGACCUGGACCCUUGCACGCAGGAGAACCACUUCUCCUUCCACAAGUCCUCCCCCUGCAUCUUCCUCAAGCUCAACAGGAUCUACGGCUGGUGGCCUGAUUACUACAACCCUAAAGAAUUGCCGCACGACAUGCCCGAAGAGCUACAAUCCCACAUCAGAAAUAUCACCAACUAUAAAGAAAUAUACGCUAACAUGGUGUGGGUGUCCUGCCAAGGAGAGACCCCGGCGGACAAGGAGAACAUCGGCCCCAUCAGAUACCUGCCCUCCCCCGGCUUUCCGGGGUAUUUCUACCCCUACAACAACGCCGAGGGGUACUUGAGCCCACUGGUUGCUGUGCACUUGGUGCGGCCGAAAACCGGCAUAGUCAUCAACAUCGAGUGCCGCGCGUGGGCGAAAAAUAUCAAGUACAAUCGACGAGAUCGCCUCGGAGUGGUGCAUUUUGAGCUCAUGAUAGAGUAAACCGGAAUACACCAGAAUAGACCAGGAUACACCAGAGUGGACUGGUAUAAACCGGAGUGUACCGGAACUCACCAAAGUGGAACGGAGUACACGAGAGUGGACCGGAAUCCACCGGAUUGCUGAUGCAUUCACAAACAUUACUACGAUGUCGCUCAAUACACCCGUACGCUUAGUUUACUAAAUGCGUGCUAGCACUAACUGCAUUCUGUACCGUUAGUACGAGAUUUGUACGCUCCGAAUCGAAGGUCGGUUCCGAUUAUUAUUGCAACGCAAGAGUGAAAUGGAAUUAAUGUAUCUUGUUUUAAAGCUAAAAUUCGUCCACACUUAUACAGCAAGCGUUCUUGGCAAUAUAAAAAACAGAAUUAAAGAAUUUUCUACUCUAAAUCAAGCGUAAUUAGGUCCAUUUUGCAUUGGCGUUACAGUGUUUCGAUACUCGAAAACGACUCUACGAUUGCGAGCUUGCCAAUCUUAUACUAAGCUUAGAGAGACAUCGCAGUAAUGUUUGUGAAUGCGUGUCAGUUUGAAUCGGUCGUCUUGGUCUAAACAACGGCCAAAUAUUUUUAUUGACAUUUUUAGGAUAAUUUAAGUGUAUUUUGUAUGAAAAUAAUGUUUCUUCAAUAAGCAUGGUAUAUAUACGCGCCACGAAAGUUGUAAAUUCAUGACCGAUCACUAUCAUUGGAGUAGCUCCAUCACUGGGGUUCAAAACUGUUUACAUUGUGGCCUUAUUAGGCCUUUGAGAGGUCUAGGCUACACAAUUUAAUAUUUCGAUACAACGAUAUAUCACUAUAAAACAUAAGGUAUAGAAAACGUCGCAUUAAAUACGGUGUAUUUCCAUUCACUGAUACCGCGUAGAUUAAGUUUCUAGAAAGAAAAUAAAUUUUGAAACGUAUAAAUAUGUUUUAGAUAAUAUUACCGAUGUAUUUGAAAUAUCGCAAUCGAUAUUUACCUAUUUUUAUUUUUUAUAUCGAAAAUUUUUGUAGCAUUUCCUGAUGUUUUUUAUUCGAAAAGUCAGUGGUUGAUUGAUUUCUGCCUAUUUUUAACUUUCGCGGCGCGCUGUAUAAUUAUAGAAAGAAAAAGCAGUUUUUCCAGAAGACCAAAGUUUAAUGGCAUUUUGGAAGUACAUAUUUUAAAGAAGGAUGUAUGGUUUUUACCCUAUUUUGUAAUAGACUAAGCCGUAUUUUACUCAGUAAAAAAAAGGUUAAACGACCUUGCAACUUUUUAAUUUUUUUGAGCAUACUUAAAUAUAAUAGAAUCUCAUGGAAUCUCAAUUUUUUUUUUUUUUUACUUAUAAUUAGUUUUGAUAUUGCUUUUCUGUGUGUUAAUAUUAUAUUUUGUCAGUGUGUGUUUGUUUGUUACAUUUCCGAAGAUUUACAUGUGUGUGGAAAUACUACUACGUUCAGAGUGCCUAAUGUGAGAUUUUUCUGCAUCGAAGGAAAUAUUUAUAGCCAUAUAGCUAUAAUACUAGGAAACAACAUUGGCACUAGAUGGCGCUGUUUCUAUUUCAUAUAAAUCGUAGUUAACUUGUACGUGAUCGAAGAAGCAACCCUUGGCACUCAGUUUAAAAACUUUCUGUAAAAGAUCACAGAAUCAAACUAUUUUAUAAUAUAUAUUAGAAUAAGUAUACAGUAAAAGACUUGUAACAUUUAUGCCGUCCAAAACAUGUAGAAUUUAUUUUUAAUUGUUUAUUUUAUAUCUACUUAACAUGUCUACCUA